AGAGGGCUCUGAGCACGGAGAGGACCUCUGCGAGAUGGCGUGGGAGCCAAGCACGAUAUUAUUCACAGUACCCAAGCGGAGAAGGUGACUUUGAACUCUGUAAGUUCCCUUCCCUGUUCCUGGCUUUGUUCACAGCUGGAGUGGAGAGCAAAUCCCAACCGCGGUGGCAGCUAGCGGAGAAUGAGCUCCAAAUUAGCAGCAUUAUGCCUGAGCUGGCUGCAGAAAGCAAGCACUUCUCUGUGUGAGGCGGGGGGGGGAUGCCGUUCCAGCACAUUAACUCGCCCUUUACAUUUCCUGUGAAGGUUGCGCAGGCAAAGAGCUUCCCACACAAAGAGUUCUUUUGGUUUCGCUUUGUCCCUGACUUUCUGACUCUGACUCUGAACCGGGGAGCCUGCCAAGCCCCAGCACAGAGCUGGGCAGCUGGAGGUGCUGACGGUGCUUCGUCCUUAAGCCGGGUAGCGUGUGCCUUAGGGGAAGAGGUGGAUGCUCGUGUGAGUGCGAGAGGCACAGUGUAACCUACCUGGUUAGUUAGUGCCUGCCUCUCCGUGUGUUCGCUUUUAAAACUGACUGGUCCAGCACACCCUCGUUAAAACCUCUAAUUAACCUUGCUAUUCACAGGAAAUUGUGCAUUUCGUCCCUGUUCAAAAUGAACCGAUGGGCGAUUAAAUUUGGAAAGCGGAUGGAGUAAAAGUAGUUAAACCAGAAGAAGCUAAUUUCUUUUCUGAAGCAGGAGUCGCUGCUUUUGCAAGCGAGUCCAUGGCUGUGUUGGAAAAUGCGUGCAUUCUAAUUGCAGUGCUCAUUCUUUCAGACAGCUUCCGUAAUUGUUCUGCGCUGACGCUAAAAGCUGCAAGCAUUGCAGUUCAGUGCAGCAGCAGCAGCAGGUUUGCCUGAAGAUCUCUCUCAAGGGGUGGGUGGGAAAUCACUGCAGCGUCUGUGCUGUACCCGAGCCUCCUGAGCUUUGUGGAAUUGCUCAGACCUCUCGUUAGCAAGCAAUGGGAGAUGUGCUCAGGGACUCCUUGCUGAGGGUUUUUGGAGAAAGGCAGGGGCAGGAGGACGGGAUGCGGGAGCAGGCAGCCUGCUGUUUCCUGCUGUAAAGGGUAGGCUCUCCUGGACGGCACCAAGAGGCAGCAUCCUGCUGGGGUUGGUGCUGCUGCUCUGCAUUGCAGCUGCUGCCAUCUCUCUGCUCUUCCAACCCGCUCUGCCUUCAUUAGCGCCGUACCCUGCUCCCCCAGGCUGCACCCAGCCUGCCCUGGCUCUUGCCUGCGGCCUGGGGCUGUGUGUGGCUGCUGAGCCAGGUGUGAAGCGGGGUGGGUCGGCUUUGACACAGUCCAUCAGCCGCCCUCCAUCUCAUCGUGGAAGCAGCAAAGGCCCGAGGCGUGCUCUGUUUAAAAUGCUUGUUCCAGGCAAUCAAGCAGGUUUGAUUGGCUGAACACUCCUUUUAUAAUUUAAUUUAGUCAGGAAUCGUUUGCAAGGUAAUAAAAAGAGACUGACUCCAAAUACAUUUAUUUAAUUCAAUGAGAGAUGGUUACUGCGGCAGGCUUGCCUCCACCAGCUUCCCUCACCCCAUCACACUGACAUCUUAAAGCGCUGCUCGGGACUGUAUAUAAGAGCCACGAUCCGCAGUGACAGCUUAAUUGUUUCUAAUGCUGACAAGGGUCACCCCCAAGCAGACAUUGCACAUUGUGCCGAGCUGGCUGGGGAGGCUGCGGAGAGGAGGAUUUAUGGCUGGCAAAUAGUUUAGAAUUCCUCUGGUUGCGCCUGCUAAAUGAUGAACCCUCCCCUUGGGGAUUGGGGCUAUUGAUUGUAAUUUGCAGUUAAGCCUUUUGCUUUCUGAGGAAUCAGCAUAAUAAAUACCCACCGCAUUACGGCAGGGACGUGUUAGCAGGGAGGAGAUGGAGCCCAGGCGUGUGGCUUCGGGAGGAGAGAGCAGAGAUCAGAGAUGUUCCCAUGCAGGAUGCUCCCUUCCUUGGGGUGCCUGGAGGGCAGCUCCAUCCCAGCCCCACUGUGGGAGAGGCUCACGGCUGCGUGGCCCCAUGUCCCUGUGAUUUCUCUUCCUAAACGUGCUUUGGCUUAUGGGCAGGAGUGAGUCAGGGCCUUUUACCAUCUGCUCACAUCUGGGGCUCAUGAUGUGUCUGUCCUGGGAGGGACGGGGCUGUGGGACUGUCCGGCCGCGUCACCGUGCGACAAGGGGACAGGGAGCAGGGCUGGCCGCCCCUCCGGCUGCUCCAUCCCCUCUUCCCCCCAGCCCUGCACAGGGAAGAUUAGCUCCCAUCCCUCCGCUCGUGAGCAGAGAUGAGAAUAAUAGCAGUCAUCAAAUAUGCAUUGGGUAGCAGCAGCCGGCAGCUGCCGUGCAGCAAAUAUGGGUCUGCGGGUGCUGGGGGAGUGAUGUUCCCCGAGGGACAGCGAGGCCACGAGUGCGGUGCCAGCAGCGCUGGGGCGUGGGGCAUGCGGGCAAGCCAGGCUACCCAGGUGAGUGCUGCGAGUGCCCCAGGUGGGUGGCACGUCCCUUGGGCUCGUGGGGGCUGCGAUGGCCAAGGUGCGGGGGAGGGACCUUUGUGCGAUGUUGGUCCUUGCACUGCCGUCCUCCAGGUCACGGUGCGCAGCGCUGUGUCACUUCUGCCUGCCUGCUCCCAGCCUUUAAUCCCCCUUGCCUCACCUUCCCAUGGUCACAGUGUUUCUGUUGCACUCUGGCACAGAGCUUCCUGCCCCACGUACCCCAUCCUCCCCCACAGGCAUCUGCCCCACAUCUCCUACCACUCCUUCCCCGUGUUUCCUUUAUCCUGGGGAUGUGGUACCCUAGGAAUCCUGCCUAGCCUGGCAGCUGAGGCCCCUGGGAUCAGCUCCAUGGCCAAGGUGACACCGUGGGGCCGUGACCUGGCUGUGUGGCGUGGCAGGGGCUGUGAGCCAGCGUUUUUGGGUGUGUGCCAGCUGGUUUAGCACAAAUCUCAGUUCAUAUCGCACCCAGCCGCUCUCUCCUCUGCAGCGUCUGCUCCAACCUCUCCUCCGGGUCAUGCCUUGCCCCAGGCAGGUUUCCUGGCCAGCCUGGAUGCAUUGCACGUUGCCAGGGAGCUGCUGGUCCCCAUGCUCUCAGGUUUGGUUUUAGGGCUGGAUGGCCAGCUCAGAAGACACCAAGGAGAGACCUGCAGUGCCUUGGGGCUUGGAGGGUCCCUGGGGAGAGGUCUGGAGCCCUUCACAGGUGACUGGGUCAGAGGAUGCUCUGGACCCCAUUGCUGCCACGGCUAUCCUCAGCACUGGGUUUUGCACCCAGGCUGCUCCCUGCAGGCUCUGUGCCAAAGGCCGAGGGGAACGCUGCACCCUUAGUGUGGGAUGGCAUGGGGGGGGUCCAUGGGAGGGUCUGGGCAGUGCUGUGCAGGGACUCAUCUAUCUCAGGCUGUGCUGCCCACUCCCCUUUGCUCUUCCUCUCUUGGUGUGUCCUCCUGGUGAGCUCUCAUCAUGGUCACAGCCAUGGCAAUGCAUGGGGAGCUGUGCCAGCACCACAGGGCACCGAGAGCAUGACCGGUGCCUGCUGCCAUGCCAUGCUGUGCCUGCACCACUCCGGGGGGUGGGGGGAUGGGGGUAGGGAUCAUGCGGGGCAGUGGGAUGGAGGAUGAUGGGGACGGUGGAGGGAUGGAGGCGGGACCUGCAGCAGCCCCCUGCAGCACGGCGCUCGCUGUUAGCAGCUCCCAUGAGUGAAGCCAGCAAGGGGGCUGGGGCCGUGGGGAUGGCACAGGAGGGCUGUGCCAGCGGGUGGGUGGUGCAGGGUGCGGGAUGGGAGCUCGUGCUGCCGGCAGGGCGGUUACGUGUGGCAGAGCUGCGCAUGGGCCAGCAUGGGGAGAAGGGGCUGGGGCGGUGCUACCUCACCUGCACGGCGUGCGCUGGGCAGCAAAUUCACACCGCCGCUGCUGAAAGUUUCAUGAACCCACAGCGGCACGCAUCCAGGGCAGGCAUUAACAUUUGAUGCGGUCACCCCGCGGAUGGGCACGUGUGCGUGUAGGCACCACUGCAGGACACGCAAUGUGCACACGGCAUCGGGGUGACCCCAUGCUGCACCCUGUGGGCUGCAGGGUACAAUUUGGGGUUGGGGUCCUCCUCCGUGACUCCACGUUGCAACGCAGAGGUGGCAGAGCCUGGGUUUAGGUUGGCGAUGGUGCUUUGUGCGGAUACGAACACAAGCAGUGGUGUUUGUGUUCACCUAUUGAAGGAUGUGUGGCUCUGGGUUGGGGGCUCGGGACGUUGUUCCCGGAGCAUGGAGCUGGUAGUGCCGUGUUUCAGCCCUCGCAGCAUCCUGCUGCAAGCCAGGGGCAGCGGGGAUGAUCCCUGCUGUAGGACCUACCCUUCCCACACCACCCGCAGAGGUGUUUCUUGCCUCUCCUUGGCUCCUUCGGAAAAGUCUCCGUGCAGGAGCAGCUCAUCCCUUGCAUUAUUCAUUCUGCCGCGAGCCCCGAGGUUGGGUUACAGCCGGCAGCCCCGUGGCGAGCACCUUGGGCCGGACUCGUGGGGCUGGGUGGGAGGCAGGCGGCAGCUCUGUCGGCUCCACGCCAUGCCCAGCCAGGAGCCCCCGCGGGCAGCCACGCAUGGGCACAUGGCCCACGGAAACCAGGCGCAGGUAAAUAACCACCCCUGGGAUAAGGGUCGCCUUGUGACAUCUGCGUGGGGCAUCGCUGGGGCCGGAGCGGGUGCGAGAGCUGGAGCAUGAGCGGCUGCCACCAGCGGGAUGGUCGGCAAGAAGGGGGAGGCCAAAAAGGAGGCAGAUGGCAAAGGGAAGGGGGGCAAAGGGAAAGGGAAGGAUGGCAAGAAGGGCAAGAAGGAGGUGGUCAGCGAGGUGGAGGAGGCGUCAGACACCGAGCUGCUGAAGGAGGAGAGCAAGGAGCCCGAAGCAGUGGAGGAGGAGAAGGAGAAGGAGGAAGUGGAGGAGGAGGAGGCUGCGGCAGAAGAGCCCAAGAAGGGGAAAGGGAAGGAGAAGAAGGGGGUGCUGAAGGCGGUGGUGGCCAAAAAGCCGGGCCGGGGGAAGAAGGUGCAGCUGGAACCGGAGGAAGAGGAGGGCGAGAGCGAUGCGGCGUCGGCCAAGAAGAACCUCAAAGGCGCCUCCAAAACGACGGCCGACAACGCCAAGAAGAAGAAAGGAGCUAAGGGUACGGAGGCCACGGCCCAGCCAGCCGAGGAGGAGGAGGAGGCGGCAGUGGCAGCCGCACUGAAGGCGCGGGCCAAGCGCAGCCUGCGCAGCACCUCCAAGCUCUUCCUGGGCUUCAAGAAGCUGGGGCUGCGGCGGCCCAAGAAGGGGCAGUUCAAGAACACCUCCCGCUUCUUCUGGGGGCUGCAGAAGCAGAGCACCAAGAAGAAGAAGAAGAAGAAGAACAAAGCAGUCCUCAAGUCCACCUCCAACCUCAUGGUGCGCUUCAAGCACGUGGGGAAGAAGAGGAAGAAGGAGGAAGCCGCAGCCGCCCCGCAGCCCAAGCCGGCCUUCCUGCUGCUGCACCGGGCCGGGCAGGCGGCCGAGGACGGAGCGUCGCUCUUCCGCCGGAGACCGGAAAGGAAAUUUAAGCCGCGGGCACAGGUGCUGAGCAAGGCGGCGGCCGCCACGGGCUGGCUGGCCAGGAAGCUGCUGUCGCGGCGUGGACGGCUGACGGGGGGCAGCCGGGCGGCCGACACGGCCUGGCUGUCCCGCAUCGGCGCCAAGAAGCUGCCGUUCCCCGCAGAAGACGAGAUCCUCAGGCACCGAGCCAACAUGAGGCGGCUGCCGGCCGGCAGCGGGCCCGCAGCUCCCGGCGCAGAGCGGCGCGGCAGCAUGGCGCGGCGCCCAUCCUCCCGGCGGCGGUCGCAGCGUGGCGUGCCCAUGGGGACGCCGGCCCUGCGCUACGGGUGGGCCCAGGAGGAGCGGGAUGCGGCCUAUGGACGUCGGCAAGGCUAUGGCAAGGAGGAGCAGGAAGGGCCCUAUGGGAUCCGUCAUGGAUACACCAAGGAGGUGCCAGGCGGGGCCUAUGGCCGCCAUCUUGGUUACACCAAGGAGGAUGAUGGCACCUAUGGCCGUCGGCGUGGCUAUGCCGAGGAGGAGGAGGAGGGACCCUACGGCCUGCAGCGUGGCUAUGAGGAAGAGGAGGAAGACUACAUCCACUCACCCACUGUCGCCUACCCACCAGGGUACGGCUUUGAGGACGCAGUGCCGACCCGCUAUGUUGAUUACCCCGGCUAUGAUGCGGAAGAUGAGUAUGGAUUUGAUGGAGGGUUUUGGGAUGAGAAUGAGCCAUUGGAGCACCCCUACGGCUACUUGGAACCCGAGGAUGAGGACUAUGGGUCCCCAGUCCACCUCUAUGACCCUUACAGCAGUGACCCAGAGUACGGUGAGGAGGUGGCAGGACCCUUUGGUUACAGGGAGGACCCCUAUGAGGACUUUGGGGAGCCCCUUGGCCUCACGGCUGGGGGGUACAUGGGUGACGAAUACCCUGAGCACCGCAUCCAGUACAGUGAAGGCGGGUGGACCCCGCGUGCCCAGUCUUCCUGCAACCCUUACGCUCUGGGGCUGGAUGAGAUCGCUGAGGCUGAGGAACCAGAAGACUGGCAGGAGGAGGACAGGAAUUAUCCCUUCUCUAUCCUCAGCACCUCCUCGCUGAAGGGCAUGCGGGACACGUUGUCCUCCAAGCUCUCUCUCAACAGGAAAUUCAGGCUCUUCCCAAGGCCCCAGGUCAAGCUGUUUGGCAGGGACCGCUUGGACAUCUCCCUGCCUCCAUCCCCACAUCGCGAUGAGGAUGACUAUGAUGAGUAUGAGCCACCGGCCACUGGCCCCAAAGCACACCGGGGGGGCCGGGUGUCAGCAGCGCGGGUGUGCGGGAGCCCUUUGGGGCAGUUCCUGCAGCGCUCCCUCUCCCAGCUCCAGCCCCUCGGCCGUGCACUGCGGGGCAUGGGGAAUCCCUGGGACCGCGGUGCCGUCCAGCCCUCCUACAGGCGCUUUGGCCAUGGGACAGAGAGCGCUGGGUCAGUGCGGGUGGGGGGCAGCCAGGAUCCCCUGCCCCAUGAACCGGGAGCUUCGCGGCCAUCCUCACUCCGCAAUCCCUUUGUAAACCCCGUGCGCUCCCCAUCACCGCCACCAGCACAGCAGCACCCCAGCAGCGUGCGAGGUGAGCGGCCACGGCGCUCUGUGUCUUUUGGGGCCAGCUUCCGCCGUGAGCCCCCUGCUGUGCCAUGGGCACCCCCAAAUGCUGCACCGCCAGCUCCAGCAUCGCGACAUUUGGGGGUGUCAGGGAGGCCCCUGACCCCACAGCCAUCACGGCGGAGCAGCUCCCCCAGGAUGAGUCCCCCCAGACGGCUCCCUGUGGCCUGGCCGCGGCAGCCGGAGCCCCCCACCAAGGCUGUGAAGCCGCUGAUGAGGAGCUCCUUCCUUGCACCACCCUCGCGCCCCGGCAGCCGCCGACUCAGCCCCUCCUGGGAUGAAGCCCCCAGCAUGGAGCUGCCGCCCUGGCAGGGCACGCCCCCACCGCCCAGCCCUGCGUCUGGGCCCCCCAAAUCCUUCAUCCAGCGAAUCGGGCAGCCCCUCGCUGGCAUGGCUCCGCGCUCACCACCGCCAAGGCCGUCUCCUGCCGAAUCUGGGGGCCGCAGCCCGUCCCCGGGACGGAUCCGCCAUGUGGGGCAGUCCCUAGCAUCGCUGCUCGUGGGGAGCAUGGCCCCCUCCAAAGCUCCCUCGUCCCCACCGCCCGCCCGCCGCCCCCUAUCCCGCUCACCCUCCCCACCGAGACGCCCAUCCCGGAGAGAUGUGGGCACCCCCAGCUCUCCGAACACCAACGUGGGGAGCCCCCUUCUCCCGUCCUCCCCUAGCACCCGCCGCCGCAGUCCCCCACCCCACAGCCGCCCCCCCAGCUCGCCCCCCAUCCUCCGCCGCAGCCUCCGUGCCCCUGAGCCUCCGGAGAAUGAGGCCGUGGCUGGGGAGGACGGCACUGGGCGCUACGCGGUGGUGACGCCGCAGAUCCAGAGGUUGGGCUCCUUCCGGAGGGCGUCCCGCAUGUACAAGCAGCACUGGUCCAAGCAGCACGUCGUGCGGGUGCGGGAGAUGCCCGACAUCUGGACGGCCGAGCAGGGCUACCCCCGGCACCCCGCCGAGCGCGGGAGGCAGUGGGCGAGCCAGCGGGGAACCAGCAUCGCCCGGUACCUGGGCCAGCGCUCAGCGAGCGCCUGGAGGGACAGGCACCCCUGGGCCGACGGGUACCUGGGCAGCAAGCAGCCCUGGCGCAGCAAGAUGCAGUCGCUGUGCAGCCUGCCCAUCGUGCGCUACCAGGAGCCACAGGAGGAGGACGGGCUGGAGGACAUGACCCAGCUGGAGGACCUGCAGGAAGCCACGGUGCUGAGCAACAUCCGCACGCGCUUCGAGCGCCAGCUCAUCUACACCUACAUCGGCAGCAUCCUGGUGUCGGUGAAUCCCUACCGCCUGUACAACAUCUACGGGAUGGAGCAGGUGCUGCAGUAUGAAGGCAGGGCACUGGGCGAGAACCCGCCGCACCUCUUUGCGAUUGCGAACGUCGCCUACUCCAAAAUGAUGGAUGCCAAACACAACCAGUGUAUCGUCAUCAGUGGGGAGAGCGGCUCGGGGAAGACAGAGGCCACCAAGCUGAUCCUGCGCUACCUGGCAGCCGUCAGCCAGAAGCGCAGCACUGCACAGCAGAUCCUGGAGGCAACCCCCUUGCUGGAAUCCUUCGGCAAUGCCAAAACUGUGAGGAACGACAACUCCAGCAGGUUUGGGAAAUUUGUGGAAAUCUUUCUGGAGGAUGGUCUGAUCUGCGGUGCUAUCACCUCGCAGUAUCUGCUGGAGAAGUCCCGUGUGGUCUUCCAGGCCAAAAGUGAGCGUAAUUAUCACAUCUUCUACGAGAUGCUGGUGGGGCUGCCUGCCCAGCAGCGGCAGCGCUACUGCCUGCAGGGCGCCGAGACCUACUACUACCUGAACCAGGGUGGGAACUGCGAGAUCCCGGGCAAGGAUGAUGCGGAGGAUUUCCGCCGGCUGCUCAACACCAUGGAGGUGCUGGGCUUCAGCGUGGAUGAGCAGAGUAGCAUCUUCCGCAUCCUCUCCUCUGUCCUCCACCUGGGCAAUGUCUACUUUGAGAAAUACGAGACGGACUGCCAGGAGAUUGCAACGGUGGUGAGUGCCACAGAGAUCCGGACAGUGGCUGAGCUGCUGCAGAUCUCCCCCGAAGGCCUGCAGAAAGCCAUCACCUUCAAGGUGACGGAAACGUUGCGGGAGAAGAUUUUUACCCCCCUGACUGUUGAAAGUGCUGUGGAUGCUAGGGAUGCCAUUGCCAAGACCCUCUAUGCCCUUCUUUUCGGCUGGCUCACUGACCGCAUCAACAAGCUGGUGUACCCGCGGCAGGACACCCUCUCCAUUGCCAUCCUGGACAUCUAUGGCUUUGAGGACCUCAACUUCAACAGCUUUGAGCAGCUGUGUAUCAACUACGCCAAUGAGUACCUGCAGUUCUUCUUCAACAAGAUCAUCUUCCAAGAGGAGCAGGAGGAAUACCUGCGGGAACAGAUCGAGUGGAAGGAAAUCCCCUUCAGCGACAAUCAGCCCUGCAUCGACCUCAUCUCCCAGAAACCCUACGGCAUCCUCCGCAUCCUGGAUGACCAGAGCUGCUUCCCCCAGGCCACGGAUCACACAUUCCUGCAGAAGUGUCACUACCACCACGGGACCAACCCACUGUACACCAAGCCCAAGAUGCCGCUGCCGGAGUUCACUAUCAAGCACUAUGCGGGGAAGGUGACCUAUCAGGUUCAUAAGUUUUUAGAUAAAAACUACGACCAGGUCCGUCAGGACGUGCUGGACCUGUUCAUCAGCAGCAGGACCAAGGUGGUGGCCAACCUGUUCUUCGGCCAUGCCCAGGUGCUGGCCCGGCAGAGGAGUCUGGUCAGAAGGAGCAGCACCCGAACGCGGCGUUACAAGGCUCCCACCGUGGCCGCACGGUUCCAGCAGUCUCUUCUGGACUUGGUGGAGAAGAUGGAGAGGUGCAACCCCUUCUUUGUGCGCUGCCUCAAACCCAACAACAAGAAGGAGCCAGGGCUCUUUGAGGCUGACGUGGUCAGCAGCCAGCUGCGCUACUCAGGCAUCCUGGAGACCAUCCGCAUCCGCAAGGAAGGCUUCCCCAUCCGCAUCCCUUUCCUUGUCUUCAUUGACAGGUACCGCUGCCUAGUCGACAUGUGGUCCAACGUGGUCCCCAAUGGGGCCAACUGUGUGGAGAUGCUGAGGAACCUCUGCCCCGUCAGCCCCAGCAUGUACUACGUCGGCGUCAGCAAGCUCUUCCUGAAGGAGCAGCUGUACCAGGCACUGGAGAGCAAGCGGGCCCGCGCACACCACCUGGCCGCGCUCACGCUGCAGCGCUACGCCCGCACCUUCUUCAUCAAGAAGCGCUUCCGCUCCCUGCGCAGAAAAAUCGUCCUGCUGCAGAGCCGGGCACGUGGCUACCUGGCCAGGCAGCGGUACCGCCGCAUGAGGCACACACUCAUCAAGUUCAGGUCGCUGGUGCACAUCUAUGUGAACCGCCGGCGGUACCUCAAGAGGAAGGAAGAUGCACGCCGGCGGGCGGAGGAGGAGAAGGAAAGAAGGAAGCAGGAGCUGACGAGGAGGGAGGUGGUGGACGUGACACACCUGGAGAUCCCCGCUGAGCUGAUGGGGCUGCUGGAGGCUGCGGCAGCUGCCCGUGAGGUGAACGCCGGCUGUGUGGUCCUGGUGCCGCCGCCAGCAUUGCAGCCCGACUCCCAGCUCACCCUGCCGCUCGACAUCAACGAUUACUCCAUGGCCAAGUACGUGCGGGGCCACUUCCAGGAGCCGGCCUUUGGGAUGCUGACGGCCCCGCUGGUGGCCCCACUCACGCGGCUGGAUGAGGAGCUGUGCCAUGAGGCGCUUGGCCUCUUCAAGCUGAUCCUGCGCUUCAUGGGUGACCCGGGGCUGGGUGGCAAACAGGAGACCCUUUUUGGCAACUACAUCGUGCAGAAGGGGCUGUCGGCGCCGGGGCUGCGGGAUGAGCUGCUGGCACAAGCCGCCAACCAGGUCUGGCGCAACACCAACGUCAACAACGAGGAGCGGGGCUGGCUGCUGCUGGCCGCCUGCCUCAGCGCCUUCCCCCCAUCUGCCGCCUUUGACAAGUACUUGCUGAAGUUUGUCUCCGACUAUGCCUUUGCUGGCUACAAACCGGUGUGCCAGCGCAAGCUGAUGCAUGCCAUGGCACGGUCCCAGCUGGGUGCCCGCGCUUACCCGCCCUCACUGCUGGAGUGGACGGCAAACCGGCGGCAAGCCAGCAUGGCACUGCAGCUCUUCUGCUUCGAUGGUGACCAAUUCUCCUGCCCCGUGCACUCCUGGAGCACUGGUGAGGACCUGGCAGGAGAUGUCCUGAAGCACAGCAGGGGGCUGGCAGAGGGCUGGCGCGGGUGGUCCGUGGCCAUGAAGGUGGGCACCCAAUGGGCCGAGCUGGCUGGCCAUGAUUAUGUCCUGGACCUUGUCUCCGACCUGGAGCUGCUGCAGGGUUUCCCCAAGCAGAAGUCCUGCUUCCUCAUCGCCUGGGACGGGGCAGGAAGCCGGGACCGUGCCAGCUGGGCGGUGCAUCCCGUGGAUUUGGAUGAAGUGCCGCCUCCUCCUGCUGUCAGAGCACCCACGCUGCCGUCGCUGGUGGAGGCAGAGGGGUACCCACCACAUGACACCGACUUUGGGGAGCACAGAACCCAGAAGGGUUUGGAUCGGUACCUGGACAGCCUCUUUGACCCAGUGCUCUCCUACGGCAAUGGGGAGCUGGAGAAGCCAGCUGCCAUCGUGCAGAGGAUGAAGGGAGGCGGUGGUGUUGGAGGGGGGGAUAGCAGUGGUGGUGCCAAGCAGCUGCAUCCAGCCAUGCCCCCUGACACGCGGCAGCCGAAGGGUGCAGAGCCAGCCUCACCCCCACAGCGCUGCGCAGACCCCAGCCCACCACGUCCCCCGGGCAGAACAGCAGAGGGGGCACCCACACGGGCCCCCCAGCCCCGGCCCUACUUGCAGAAAGCAGUGCCCACGGGCUGGCAGUGGAACGGUGAGCCAGUGCAGCACUCCCGGCUCAACUCGGAGCACAUCCCAAGGCCUACGCACAACAUCCGCAACAUCAUCCGGCAGUGCCAGCCCACCCCACGCGGCCCGCAGCCCCACAGCAAGCUCUUUGGGAAGAAGCUGGAUCCCCACGAAGAAGCCUUGCAGAUCCUGAAGGAGCAGCUCUCAGCAGCCCGGGCGCCUGCAGCUGUGGGGCCCAUGGAGGCAGUGGCUGCAGUGAAACCGGUCCCCAGUGGCAGGUACCAGCUGAGAGCACCGAUGGGGCGACCAGCAGCCUCCCGACCUCCAGUCUUCGUGUCGAGGGAGCUCCCAUCUGAGGCACAGCAGGUGCAGACCCAACUUCACCACAGCUGCAGUGAGGACUUCUACACCUACCACAACGUGCCCUGGAAAAUAUACAUCCGCAAGGAGGUUUUCUACCCCAAGGACAGCUUCAACAACCCACUGCUGCUGGACCUCAUCUUCCGGCAGAUCUUCACUGACACGCUCUCCGACACCUGCAUCCGCAUCAGCCCUGAGGAGCGGCUCCGCAUGAAAUCCCUCUUUGCGGAAAACAAGCUGGACUCCUUCAGCCCCGUGGCCACCGAGAGUGUCAAGAAGGAGAUCGUGAUGGCCGCCCGGGACAGCUGCGAGGUUUAUUUUUCACGCCUCUUCCCUGCCACGGGCAGCGUGGGGACAGGCGUGCAGAUCCUGGCCGUGUCCCACGCUGGCAUCAAACUGCUGCGGUUGGUGAAGGGCACCAACAUGCCCGGGGAGCAGCUGCGCGUGCUGCGGGUGUACAGCUACGCCGAUGUGCUCUUUGUGGCCACCCCAUCCAGGAACAUGUUGGAGUUCAACCUGAGCAGUGAGAAGCUCAUCCUCUUCUCUCCGAAAGCUCCUCAGGUGAAGGCCAUGGUGGAUCACUUCAUCACGGAGCUCAGGAAGGACUCCCAGUACGUGGUGGCUGUGAGGAACUACAGCCCUGAGGAUGGGGCUCAGCUCAGCUUCCACAAGGGGGACAUCAUCCACCUGCAGCCAUUGGAGCACCCCAAGAUUGACCACUACUACGGCUGCGUGGUUCGCAAGAAGGUGAUGUACCUGGAGGAGCUGAAGAUGGGCACCCAGGAUUUUGGGUGGAAGUUCGGGGCCAUCUAUGGCAGGUCAGGGCUCUUCCCAGCUGAGUACGUCCAGCCCGUUGCGGCCCCUGACUUCGUCCACUUGCCAGCGGGGAGGAAGGAGGAGCCUGGGGACAAGCAGGGCAGGGUGGCAGCCUCAGGGGCUGUGGCCAUGGCUGUGGCUUCCACUGCUGUGGCCCGGGAACUGGACCGCAAAACUGAGGGCUCCCCGACCAGCACUGCCUUCCAAGAGGGUCCAGAGAGUGACAGCACUGAGCAUCUUGGGGAUGGCAUGGGGACUUGCCCCAUGCUGGCCUUUGCCAAGCGGUAUUUCCGUGCAGCGCAGCGUGGGACCACUGAGUCCUGUGGGAGCAAAGGCAAGAAGGAUGGGCCCAACGGGAUAGAGAUGCUGAGGUUCACCAAGAUCCCCAUCCAGGAGUCGCUCAUUGAAUUCACAGACAGCAGUGUCAGCAAGCUGGCGACUGAGGCUUUCCAAGCUGUGAUGAAGUUCAUGGGUGACCACCCUCUACGAGGGCAAACGGAGCUGGACAUUGUCUGCACCAUCCUCAAGCUGUGCGCCGAGCAUGAGGUGCUACGGGAUGAGGUAUACUGCCAGAUCAUCAAUCAGGUCACUGACAACACCAGCUCCAAGCCGGACAGCUGCCAGAAGGGCUGGAGGCUGCUCUACAUCCUCACCGCCUACUACAAGUGCUCUGAGGUGCUCAGGCCCUUCCUCCUGGCCUUCCUGCGGGAUGCCAGCGUGCGCCCAGAGCAACCUUUCCAGGGCAUUUCCAAAGCCUGUGAGCAAAACCUGCGGAAAACCCUGCAGUUUGGUGGCCGCAGCCUCUUCCCCAGCAGCAUGGAGCUCAAAGCCAUGGUGGCUGGGCGCAGCGCCAAGCGCCAGCUCUUCCUCCUGCCCGGCGGCAUUGAGCGGCACCUCAAGAUCAAGACGUGCUCAGUGGUUCUGGACGUGAUAGAGGAGCUGUGCUGCGAGAUGGGGCUGCAGCGCCCGGAGGCUUUGGAUGAAUACAUCCUCUUUGUGGUCACCAACAGAGGGCAGAACGUGCGACCACUGACACGUCGGGAGUACAUCUUGGACGUGGCCACCGAGAGCGAGCGCCUGGAUGCUGGCUACACCUUCUGGUGCCGCCGGGUGGUCUGGGGCCAGCCCCUCAAGUUUGAUAAUGAGCUCUACGUCACCGUGCACUACAACCAGGUUCUCCCUGACUACCUCAAGGGGCUGUUCACCGUCCUGCCGCCCGCCAGGCCAGGAGAGCAGCACUUCCAGCAAGUGGCCAAGCUGGCUGCUCUCCAGCACCGAGCCAAGGAUGGCAACAACCUCCCCACCAUGCGGGAGGUGCAAGACUACGUCCCCCCGCAGCUCUUCCACCUGCUGUCGGCCCCAUCCUGGCUGCACAUGGUGACCCAGCACAUGCAGCAAGCACAAGCACUCAGCCCCCACCAGGCCCGGGCGCAGUUCCUGGGGCUGCUGAGCGCCUGCCCCAUGUUCGGCUCGUCCUUCUUCUACAUCCAGAGCUGCAGCAACCACGCCAUUGUCUCGCCCUGCAUCCUGGCUGUCAACCAGAACGGCCUCAACUUCCUCAGCAAGGAGACCCACGAGCCCGUGGCCAAGUUCUCGCUGAAGGAACUGCAGGCGACGCGGACGCAGCGCCCGGCGGCUGGCUCCAGCUCUCCCUACGUGGAGAUCACCACCGGGGAGCUGCAGGCCCAGGGCAUCACCCAGCUGCAGCUGGAGCAGGGCCUGGAGCUGUGCCGCGUGGUGGCCGCGCACAUGGAGAGGCUGCUGGGGGCGAGGGAGAAGAGGCUGACGCUGCCGCCCAGUGAGAUCACGCUGCUCUGAGUGCACAGCCCUGUCCCCAGCGUGUCCCCCCCCACCCCCCUCCUCGCUGUAAACCUGCACAGGAUUUUAUACAAGCCCAUGACGCGGGGCCUGGCUGGA